AGAUUUCACAACCUGUUGCUAAAACAAAAGAAGAAGAAAAAAGAAAAAUCUCCAGGUCUUUUCUUCGGACCGGGCGGAGUGGAUGUGCAGAUGUGAAGACAGAGUGUGAAUGUGUUUGAGCCCAGAUGGUGCCAGAAACUACUUCCUGGUUUAGCAGCACUACUUUCUACUGGGGUCUUCGGCCGUGCAGCCCAUCCCUGUGAGUUGAGCAGUGGUCUGGGGUAUCCACCAGACUCAACCACUCCACCCUAAAGGCACAGAGGGGGAGCAAGAUGCCUGUGGGCCGCCAGAAAGCCAAGGUCCUCUGUGUGAUGAUGGUACUCAACAUUUUCAUUUGUAUCCUGGUGGGAGUGUCACGGAACCUUGGUCAGGACAAGAGCAGCCACAGCAAGGUUCGAAUCCCAUCCAAAAGAUUCUGGCACCGGCAGUCGCUGUCCAAGUCCUUCUGGAACAGGGAGCAGCAGCGUCUUGACUACAUGUAUAACCCCGUCCUCUGGCCUGCACCCUCAAACAACUCCCUUGUUGACCUGCUGGACUGGCUGAAUUACUCUAGGCCAAUCAACCCCUGCGAGCCAGACAACAGGGUCCCAACACAAAUUUUGGACUACAACUCCCUGCCGCUGCGGUUCCAGGACUUCCUGUUGUACAUGCGCUGCCGUAGCUACCCCAUGCGGCUCAACCAACCUCACCUGUGCAACAAUAAACCCUACCUCCUGCUGGCCAUUAAGUCACUGGCUCCUCAUUUUGACAGGCGACAGGCCAUUCGUGAGUCCUGGGGACGGGCUGGCAUCUUAGCAAAUCGGACGGUGGUAACGGUGUUCUUGCUGGGCAACGCCUCAUCAGAGGACCACUUCCCUGAUCUGUCGGGGAUGCUGGAACAUGAGGCAAAGCUUCACAGGGACCUCCUCCAAUGGGAUUACAGGGACACCUUCUUCAACCUCACCCUCAAGGAGAUUCUCUUCCUGGAGUGGUUCAGCCAACACUGUGCCCACACUCGGUUCAUCCUGAAGGGCGAUGAUGAUGUCUUUGUCAACACGCUGCGAAUCAUUGACUUCCUGGAGGGUCUGUCAGAGGUCAAGGCCAAGGAUCUGUUCAUAGGGGAUGUUAUCAGUAAUGCCACCCCACACAGGGACCGCAAACUAAAGUACUUCGUCCCUGAGAGUGUGUUUGUGGGACCAUACCCUCCAUAUGCAGGUGGAGGAGGGUUCUUAUAUUCAGGCCAGCUGGCACUACGCCUUUACAAUAUAUCUCAACAAGUAGCCCUCUACCCAAUCGAUGACGUCUACACAGGGAUCUGUCUGAAAAAGCUGGGACUGGUACCUGAGAAGCAUAAGGGCUUCAGGACGUUUGACAUUGAGGAGAAGUACAGGGACAAUGCCUGUAUCUACAGGGGCUUGAUGUUGGUGCACAGUCGCACGCCUCAGGAAAUGAUACGAAUCUGGUCCUGGCUGAUCGCUCCGGACAGAGACUGUCAGUGA